AUGUCGGAUCACAAUCGGAAUCCCAAGAGAACAAAAAACUUGUUCUCUUUUUUUAAGAAAAAGAAUGAUGGGUCAUCAUCUAGUACAUUGCCUUCUAGCUCUUCUUUAUCUAUUCCAAUAUGUGAUGAGCAAAAUCUUCCCGAGUCUCCUAUUAUCAAGCCUCAAGUUGAAAGAAUUGAAUCUGAAAGAGUCGAUGAUUAUCAUGAUUUUAAUAUCAAUUAUCUUGAGCGUGAUCCGGGAUUACGUCGUCUAAUAUGCACAUAUCCGGUGAAUGAACAAGAUAAUGUGCGAAAAGCAUAUAUUCUUUUAGGACCAUGUCAACCUGAGUUAGAAGAUUAUCCAAGCCACUUAGAAGGGCGGGACUUUCGUCGAUUUAAUAAAAAGUGGUUUGGUCAAUUCACUUGGCUUGAGUAUUCAGUUGCUAAGAAUAAGGUAUUUUGUUUUCCUUGCUUCAUUUUUGACAUGAAUCAGUCACAUCCAACCUUUAUUGUUGAUGGGUAUCAAAAAUGGAAGACAAUUGGUGGGAAUCAAUGUGCAUUUCAACAUCAUAUAGGCAAGUUAAAUUCACCACAUCAUCUUGCUAUGCAAAAGUGGAUUAGCUUAAAAACUCCAUCUCUUCAUAUUGAAAAAGUGGUAGAGAAGCAAUCAAAGCAACAAGUGAUGGAAAAUCGGUUGCGACUUACGACCACAAUAGAGGGCAUUAGGUAUCUAGCGAAUCAAGCAUUGGCUUUUCGGGGCCACGAUGAAUCCGUUGACUCAUCUAAUCGGGGCAAUUUCAUUGAAAUCAUAAAGUCUUUUGCAAGAACGAAUAUAGAAGUUGAGAAAGUUGUCCUUGAUAAGGCUCCUCAAAAUGCUCAAUACAUUGUGCAUGACAUACAAAAGCAAAUCUUACAUAUUUUUGCUAACAAGGUGAGGAAGACAAUUUGUAAGGAACUUGGGAAGAACAAAUUUUGUCUUUUAGUUGAUGAAUCACUUGAUGAAUCCGGUAAGGAACAAAUGGCUAUUAUUCUAAGAUUUGUUGAUUGUGAUGGAUUUAUUCGUGAGCGCUUCUUCGAUAUUGUGAGUGUUGUAGACACUAAUGCCUUGACUCUUAAAAAAGAGAUAUGCAAAGUGCUUGGUAAUAACGACAUUCUAGUGGAAAACAUGCGUGGUCAAGGGUAUGAUGGUGCUAGCAAUAUGCGUGGUUCAUGGAAUGGCUUACAAGCAUUAUUUCUUCAAGAUUGUCCAUAUGCAUAUUAUGUGCAUUGCUUUGCCCAUCGCUUGCAAUUGGCAUUAAAUGGUGCAGCUAAAGAUGUGAAAGUUUUGUGGAGGUUUUUUUCAAUGUUGACUAACAUUGUGAAUUUUGUUAGUGCUUCUGCUAAGCGCCGUAGUGAGUUAAACUUAAUUAGAAAAGUUGAACUCAAUGAGUUGUUGGAUUCUGGAGAACUUGAGACAGGUAGAGGACUUAAUCAAGCUCGUAGUUUGAAACGAGCUGGAGCCACUCGUUGGGGCUUUCAUUAUGCCUCUAUUACAAGUUUGAUGUGUUUAUUUAAAGAGACUAAAUUACUUCUUCAAGAAAUCAGUGAUCAUGGACCAAACCAACAAUUUCGUGGAGAUGCUGAGAGUAACUAUAUUGCUAUGAUGUCUUUUGAGUUUGUGUUUUCAUUGGUUUUGAUGGAUAAAAUUAUGGGAUUGACCAAUUUUCUUUGUCAAGUAUUUCAGGUCAAAACUCAAGACAUUGUAAGUGCUUUAAAUUUUGUUGAAAACACAAAAAUGCAGCUUCAAGAUAUGAGGGUACAUGAUUGGGAUGAUUUAUUCUGUAGUGUGGUAUCAUUUUGUGAACUACAUGGUGUUGAUGUUCCUGAUAUGAGUGCUCGUUAUAUGACGGGCACACAUUAUUCUUGUCAACAAAAAGAUUUUAUUACAUUUGAGCAUUACUAUCGCGUUGAUGUAUUCAAUGAUGUUAUAGAUUGCAUGUUAAGGGAGUUAAAUGACAGAUUUCCAGAGCAAACAGUUGAACUUCUUAUUCUUAGCUCAGCAUUGGAUCCUCGCAAUUCAUUCAAGUCAUUUAAUAUUGAGCAUAUAUGUAAACUUGCUGAGAAAUUCUAUCCUGCUGAUUUCCUUCCAAAUGAGUUGAAAGAUUUGGAAAUAGAGUUGAGGUAUUUUCAAAAUGAUGUACAUCGCCUUCCUUGCUUUAAGGAAACCAACACUCUUCCUCAUUUAUGUCAACAAUUAGUUGAAACAAGUUUGGUAGAGAACUAUUGUUUGAUCAACAGGUUGAUUCGGUUGGUGUUGACUCUUCCCGUUUCUACAGCAACAACGGAACGAGCUUUUUCAUGUAUGAGAAUUAUUAAGAACCGGGUUCGAAGCACCAUAGCUGAUGAGUUUCUUGCUGAUUGCAUGACCCUUCACAUUGAAAGAGAGUUUGCUAAUAGUAUCACUAAUGCAUCGAUAAAUGAGGAAUUUAAGAUUUCUAAGUCUCGCAGGGUAAAAUUUUAG